AUGACGGUGCAGCUGGGGUACGAGCGCGUCGCAUCUCUUGCGCGUGGGCGCGGUGUCGAGAUUGUCCCAAACGUCUUCUACUUCCUCCGACAUGGGCAAACACCGCGCAACGCACUCAAGAUCUUCCAGGCGUACGACGAGCCGCUCUCGGAGCUGGGCCAGAAGCAGGCCGUCGACGCUGCAGCGGCGCUUGCGAAUGAGCCCGUCCGAUCCAUCGUUGUGUCCGAUGCGAAGCGCACGCUGCAGACCGCCGAGCCCUCCGCCAAGGCUCUCGGUCUCACGCCGACGCCCACCCCGCUUCUGAAAGAGAGGCAUUUCGGCGCGCUCGUCGGUACGAGUUCGGAGACGAUCGACUGGGACUGCAAGCCUGAGGGCGGCGAGACGCUCGACGAGUUUGUGCAGCGCUCCCUGUCCGGUGUCGAAUUCGCCCUGAACCGGAGCGAGGACCAAGAGCCGACCCUCAUCGUCGCUCACGGCGGUAAUCUUCUCGUGCUCGUCAACGCCCUCGGCAUCCCGCUCGACCGAUCAAAGUUUAGCAACGCGCUUCCCCUCAAGUUCACGCGUGUUGAUGGCCAGUGGCACAUUACGCCCUUGCUGGCGCCGAGCGAUCCGGCGCACGCGAACAUGUCCUAG